GUCACACCGGAUUAUCGCGUUUCCAUGUGCACACUAUCCUGGGACGAACCAUCUAACGCUACCAAGACAACGUGGCCGCCCACUAGCUUUGGCACGUGGCCUCGUGUUUGUCACUAGAAGUUUUGUUAUGUCACUAGGAGCAGGCUGAGCAGUCCCCUGGCCCCAGGGUUACAGCUAAUAGUAGUGCUAGGUAUGAGGCAUGGAAGUGCUCUGGGGAUCCGCGUUAUUUGUGGCCGCAGUCGUGCUUGUGUGUGAGGCGGCACGCUCGGUACUCCGGGGAGAGCUGCUCACGGAGGUUGUCUCAACCUUACAGCUAUGUUGCUGUGUCAGUGAACUGGCCCUGCUGGGUGCCGAGGGCGGCCUGUCUCCCUCGCUGGGCUUGGGCCUCACCUACCUUUUCACCAUCAUACACAGCAGCACUGCCCGGGCCGCGUGUAAUCCGUGCGGCAGCCUGCAACCGUGGCUUCGAAACCAGGCCCCGGCGCGGAACACAGCAAUGAGAGUGGGCGCACAGUUCGUGGGUUCCGCGCUGUCUUAUGUGGUGAUGCCAGCAGUGUGGGGUGCGGGGCUAAUCCCUUUACAUCGGACAUGGAGCGGAGUUUGCCGCAGCCCCCUGCACACCUCACUGCUGAGCGGGGCCGCCGUAGAGAUGCUGUGCACACUGGGGUUGUUCGCGCUGCUGCACCGGCUGGACCAGGUGAAGGCGCCGUACCGUGUGCAUGCGGUGGCCCUGCUUAUAACCGCCAUGGUGCUGGCAGGUGGACAUCUAACUGGAGCAGUAUUCAAUCCAGCUCUUGCCUUCUCACUAGUGUUUAACUGCGUAGGAAACACCUUUUUUGAAUAUGCUUUUGUUUAUUGGCUUGGACCCUUAGUUGGUCUGGUUGUUUCUCUCUUGCUGUUUGAUGGCUCCAUUCCCAAACUAAAGGGCUCCGUACCCACUGAAUACCGACUGAAGCGUGACUAAACAGCUCACAUCAAAAACCUGUGAGCGGCUCCAGCUCUUCCAUAUGAAAUGCCUCUAUAAUUACUGACAAAUUCCAUUGCUCCCACAUGAGCAUUAAUACUUGAUUUACAUUUCUGAUUAUUCCUUUCUGCACAUCUCCGCUAAUCAUCUGUUAGAAAAACAGAUACCAAAUCCACUAUGUUUAUGCAUUAGGUAGUCUGUCUCAUUCUAUGGAAUGUUACUGUAAUGGUACUAAAAGGGUACAGUGCUGUACUCUUGUGCGUCUAUCAUCAAUUUAUUGGAUUUGUUACUACUGCAAGUUCAGUAGUAAAACGAUACUGCAUGAAUGUUAAUUAUACUGACUAUUCAGACUAAUGCGCAAGUCAUAGGGACAAGUAAUUCUGAACAGCAAAACGUCCCCAUAAGCAGUUUGAGGCUGUUUUGUGCUGCAGCUUGCUUUGGUAGCCAAAGUGUUACAUUUGUUUUGUUUUUACAAAAUAUUUUAUCACGCAAAUUAUAUCUGAUUUAUUAUAUGGAUUUUAAAGAAAGGUAAUAUGUAAAUUAUUUUAAACCUUACUUAGAUACUAACAGCAAAGCUACUAAAUGUAUGUAAAAAACAGUAUUUCCAUGCACAUAAAUACAUGUAUGUGCACCUGUGUGUAUAUGGACACAUACAUAUGCAUGGAUAUUUAUGGCAUGUUGCUCAGAGGUUAAAGGGUUAUAAAACACUAUAAUACUAUAUAGUAUAUAGUGUAAAUAUGCUGCUUUGAAUCCCUGGAAUUAUCAGAAACUACAUUAUUUGUAUGUCUAAUGAAAUUUCCCUAAAAAAAUGUACACUAUUGGAUGCGAGAAAGAUCUUGUUGUCUUUGUGCUGCUGUUUUGUAAUCCUGUCUCUGAGGAAAUUACAAAUUGCAUUUGAUUAAAUUAUCCUUUUUUUAUUUCAACCACAAUCAAGUUUGUCAAGAUUGUAAUGAAUUUGUCAUUUAAGUGCAGACACAGAGUAUUCUAAAGGUCUGUCACCUUUGUAUUGUCACAUCACAAUUAUUUUCAACUUUAGAUCUUGAGAUUCUGUAUAAAAUUGUAAUUAAGAUGAAUUCAUUUUACGGUAAGGUUAGCAUUUAAAGGGCGUAAUACUCAAAUCUGAAAUAUGAAUGCAAUACAAACCACUUCUGGCUCUGAUCAGCUGUCUUUUGAAUACUGUGUUCUAUUAUAAUAAACUAGAUUAGCGUGCAGUAUACAGACUUGUUUCUUUAGAGACCUCUUUAGAGGUAAUUGUAUAAUGGUAUGCUAUGUACGCAUGCGUACUGCAGAACAUAUACCAACUAGCUAUGUGAGCAUGCAUGUUUCAUAUACAGAUCACAUAACAGCUUUGGUUAAUAUAAUCUAGUGAUUAUAUUAACCAAAGCAAAGCUGUUAUCGCUAGGAAAAUAAGGUUUUUUAUGGAAGGGAAAGCCGCAGUAAAGCGUUCAUGCUGACAUUUGUGCAUUAUUCAUUUUUAACACUUAUAACCUUCACCUGAAGGCAAAUGAGUGACAGCAAAUGAAUGCGUGUGUAAGUACUUGGCUACCAUUAGUACUGCAAAUGCGCAUGUGUAAGUACUGUAAAUGAAUAGUAUUAUGCUAAUUUUUAAUGCUACUUAUCUCAUUAUGUAAACUGACCAUAUAGAAUAAGCUACAAUUCUGCAAAUAUGAAAUGGCUUGAAAAGGUAUUUUGUUUAAAGGGACAGUCAACACCAGAAUUUUUGUUGUUUUAAAAAAUAGAUAAUCCCUUAAUUAUCCAUUCCACAGUUAUAAUACACAUUUUACCUCUGUUAUUACCUUGUAUCUAAGCCUCUGCAGACUGCCCCCUUAUUUCAGUUCUUUUGACAUUUUAGCCAAUCAGUGCUCACUCCUUGGUAAAUUCACGUGCAUGAGCUCAAUGUUAUCUAUAUCAAACACAUUAACUAACACCCUCUAGUGGUCAAAAUGCAUUCAGAUUAGAGGUGGCCUUCAAGUUCUAAGAAAUUAGCAUAUGAACCUCCUAGGUUUAACUUUCAACUAAGAAUACCAAGAGAACAAAGCAAAAUUGGUGAUAAAAGUAAAUUGGAAAGUUGUUUACAAUUGCAUGCCCUGUCUGAAUCAUGAAAGUUUUUUUGGUACUUGACUAUCCCUUUAAUGCAGUCAUUUUUUUCCUCCAUAUGUACCAAUAGCUUUGGCAAUUCUGGACUGUUUCUUUGUUUUGCACACUAAAAACAAAAUCUGUAAUUUAUUAACAUGUAUGCAACAGCUUGCAGAGAUUGGCACAGUGCACUUUACAAAAUGAGCCAUAAUCUAUAUUUGUAAAAUAAUCUUUAUUUGCCUUUUCAGUGCUGUUUUUUUUCUCAGUACAUUUGCAUUGUCUGUCAAAUGAUUGUGUUAUUAUCAGAGGUCUUUAGCCGACAUAAUGAAAGUAACUUUUUUUAAUUAUUAUUAAAUGUUUGCUAUUUUAAAUUGCAUUUAAUAUCACACAAGUUAUGCAGGGACAAUACUUAUUCUUUUGACAAAAUUCUUAUUUCACUGUUGCUGUUUAAAAUAUACACUUGUUUUAAAAAGGUCAUGGACCCUGACUGACAUUAAAGGCCAUUAUAGUAAUAAAAAAUACAUGCUGUAAUUCAUUAAACUAUGUUAUUUUAAAACUAACAACCCUGCAUCUCUGGAGAUAAGCACAUAGUCAACGUACCACUUAGGAGCCACAAAAAAACACUGGUCCUGAGUGGAAACUACAGCUGACCCAAUAAGCAGCAUUAGUUUCACCACCCAGCUGUAUUGUAAUUUGUGUUUAAACCCUUUUGUGGUGGUUGAAUUAGUUUUAAAAUUACAUUGAUGUUUUUUUACUAUAAUGGCCCUUUAAAUGUAUAAUAUACAUUGUUACUGAAAAACAUGCCUUAAAUUGGUGUAUGAUGUAUGUGAUAAAAUAUUAACGGGUUAGGCCGAUCAAAAAUUAAAUCUGCAUGAGUGCAAUUCAACUUGAAAUAGAAGCAUUUUUACAAAAUACUUUCAUUAGCAAAAAUAUUUCUAGUAAGUUAUUAUGGUUUUCGGCGGCAUAUGCCCCAGUAUUCGAACAUCAUGCCUGAACCGAGAGCUAAGGGUGGUGUGCAUUGUGUCUGUCAUACAAGCUACUGCUGACUCCCUGACCAAGAGUGGUGUUUAAUUACUGGUGCACGGCCCUCUGCUGAAAAACACUAAUAUCUUUUUACUAGAAGCAUUUUUAUUAAGGAAAAUGUAUUGCAAAAAUUCUUCUAUCUAAAAUUUAAAUGCAUUUAUGCACAUUUAAAUUUUGGCAUUUAUAUCCCUUUAAAGCCAAUAUAAAAAAAAUAAUUUCUGUUCUGCAGUAGCUUAGUGGAAAAGUUGAAACAUUUUGUCUGAUUAAAAAAUUUAAAGUGGUGCUAACAAAUCCUCAUUCUUACUGUGAAUUUUAGUUUUAUAUUUGUAUAAUUCUUUUAAAUAAACCUGAUGAUUUUCAAAA